CUUCUACACUUCGCAUCAUUACCGCGGCAACGUGCGACGAUUCACCUUAACCAACCGACGCUGAUCUUACUACACAACAUAUUAUAUAUACAUAUAUAUAUAUAUAUAUACUGUUCAUCCAGUUAAAUAUAUAGUUUUUAAUUUUUUUAAAUCUCAUACAAAUUCUAAUACAAAAAUCGUGGUAAUCUUCUUUCUCUUUCUAAUUACAAAAUUUAUCCGGUUACACUCGACGAACUAUCAAAAAAUCCAACAUGAGGGCUGAAUUUUGCUUGAGAACCAGCAUUCUUUUAGUCAUCUUCGGUGGCAUCGUUUGUGCAGUGGAAAAUUACGUGGAUUAUGCAGACGAGUCACCUGACAAAUCACCGACCGAGAAUAUUCACGAGCUUUACAGACUCAUAUUGCAACGGAACGCUUUGGAAAAUGGCGGCGGAUUUGGUGGAAUUCCAUUGGAACAUCUGAUGAUUCGUAAAUCUCAACGAUCACCGUCUCUUCGUUUACGAUUUGGACGUUCUGGUCCACCACAAGUUUCAACGGGUUUACUCUCGAAGCCGAUGGCCGCGGUAGCGACGGGUUACGAGGAUAACAAUUAAUAAAGAAAAUGGAUUAAAUUAUUUAUUUAUUUUUUUUUUUUUAAAGGGUUCUUUUGCGAUAAUAACACACGUCACUUUACUAUAUUUCUCAUACAUAUAAAAAUCAAAUAAGAAAAAAUUGUGUCGUACAUAUUAUAUUUAAGAUAAGAACAUAAUGUGAAA